AUGUGUAACAUCACGCCGCCCCUUCGCGCCCAUCAAAACCCGGACUGUUCAGUGACUGACCACCACCGUCAGCCCCGCCUCCCGAUCGCGUCCCAGAAGCCCCCUCGGCUCCGCUGUACGGCUGGCCUUCUUCAAAAUGGCCGCGCCCAGGAGGCGAUUACUAACGGGUACCGCCAUUGCUGCUGCGGGACCCUCUGCGGUCGCGCCCUGGGUGUUCGCCAUGUCUGCCUAUGUUGCGACCAGCUCCUGACAAAGCCCAAGACAGUGGACCUGAGGAGAAAUACGGGAAUGGUCGAAGAGGCCCGGCGUCCGAAAGAGAUGGCUGAGACCGAGCCCGGGGACAGCGAUGUUGGAUCAGUAACAUUCAAAGAUGUCACCAUGGCCUUUAGUCAGAAAGAAUGGGAGCAGCUGAAUCCUGCACAGAAGAACCUGUACAAGGAUGUAAUGCUGGAGAACUAUAGCAACUUAACUUCAAUGGGGUGUCAAACUUCCAAACCAGAGAUGAUCUCCAAGUUGGAAAAAGGAGAAGAGCCAUGUUUAGGAAGGAGGAAAAGACCCAGUCAAAAUCGCCUGAGUAAAAUAGCAAGAUCCAAGAAAAUAAAAGCAGACAGAAAAGAAGUCCAGCAAGAUGAUAAUCAGCUAGAAGAUAACCAGGAAUCUCAUAACAAAGUCAAUGGAGAAGUUGCAUGGAAAAAGAAAACCCUGCAAAAAAACCCCAAUGAAUGUGGUUCACUGACGGAAAUAAAGAACACGAGCACAAAACUUCUUCCUUCAAAAAAGAGGUUGCAUAAGCUUGAUUCACAUGAAAAAAGUUCAAAACAGAAUUUAGACCUACCUGGUCAUAUAAUAAAGUAUACAAAAAAGAAACCUGUUGUGGCCAAAGAACACAAGAAAUCAUUCAACAAUAGCAUAUGUGAUACAAAGAAAAACAAAAAUCAGCCUAGAAAGAAACAUGAGAAAGUACUCAAUGAUGACCCAUCUGAAAAAUGUGACAAGCCUGAACCUAGUAAGAAACAUGAGAAAUUAAGCAGUCGUAGUUCAUCCCAUUCUAAGCGAGACAAAAUUCAUGCUGGAAAGAAACAUGAGAAGCUAUCCAGCUUUAGUCUACCUGCCAAGCAUGACAAAACUGACACUCCAGUGAAGCCCUAUGAAUGUGACCAGUGUGGAAAGGUUCUCAGUCAUAAACAAGGACUCACUGAUCACCAGAGAAUUCACACUGGAGAGAAACCAUACGAAUGUGAUGAAUGCGGUAUUGCCUUUAGCCAAAAAUCACACCUUGUUGUACAUCAGAGAACACACACUGGAGAAAAACCAUAUGAGUGUACUCAGUGUGGCAAAGCCCAUGGUCAUAAACAUGCACUAACUGACCACCUGAGGAUCCACACAGGAGAGAAGCCCUAUGAGUGCACUGAGUGUGGGAAAACCUUCAGACAUAGUUCAAACCUCAUCCAACAUGCGAGAUCUCACACAGGUGAGAAACCCUAUGAAUGUAAGGAAUGUGGGAAAUCCUUCAGGUAUAACUCCUCUCUUACUGAACAUGUGAGAACUCACACAGGUGAAAUACCAUAUGAAUGCAGUGAAUGUGGAAAGGCCUUUAAGUAUAGUUCAUCCCUUACAAAGCACAUGAGAAUCCAUACAGGUGAGAAACCACAUGAAUGCAGUGAAUGUGGCAAAGCUUUCAGCAAGAAGUCACACUUAAUCAUACAUCAAAGAACUCAUACCAAGGAGAAGCCUUACAAAUGUGAUGAAUGUGGAAAAGCCUUUGGACAUAGCUCAUCUCUCACUUACCAUAUGAGAACACAUACAGGUGAAAGUCCCUUUGAAUGCAAUCAAUGUGGGAAAGCCUUUAAGCAAAUCGAAGGCCUUACUCAGCAUCAGCGAGUUCAUACUGGGGAGAAGCCCUACGAGUGUACUGAGUGUGGGAAGGCCUUCAGCCAGAAGUCACACCUCAUUGUACACCAGAGAACUCACACUGGGGAGAAACCCUUUGAGUGUAAUGAAUGUGGAAAAGCCUUCAGUGCAAAGGCACAACUCGUUAUACAUCAGAGAUCUCACACUGGGGAGAAGCCCUAUGAAUGUAAUGAGUGUGGGAAAUCCUUCAAACAAAGUGCAUCACUUACCAAACAUGUGAAAACUCAUUUGGGAGAGAAAUCACCUGAGUGACAUUGAUAUAAUAAAACUGUUAGAGCUGAUGGUUUUGUUUAACCUUAAACAUAAUCUGAAUGUCAAAAGCAUUAGAAAGUCUUUGAAAAAAAUCAGAUCAUCUGUUACAUUUGAAUAUGGAUAUUUCUGCAAGAGCAAUGAAUGGAAAUACCAACCCUUUCAUAGAAAAUAAUUUCUAAAAUACUUAAAAUGAUUUAUAUAUUGCAAUUGUCCAUAAAUCUUUAAAAAUUAUGACUGAGUAAUCACAGCAAUGAUGAAGCAAAUUACACAUUCUUUAGUUGCUUGGAUGUUGUGUACUUAAACACAAUGUUUUGGAAUUGAAUUUGUGUGUCUAUUGCCUUGAAUAAGUGGCUAUAGCCAUUUAUCUAAGUCCUGUCUUUCACAUUAUCACCCAGCUCUUUCUUAGUAUCUAUAUUACCUCCUGCAUUAGCAGAAAACAUUAUGAAAAUAUUAUUUAUGUAGAAAUAUUGACGUGAAAUUGAAAGAAAAUUCAACAGAGUUGAAGAUGCAAAUGUGCUAAAAGAGAAUGAUGUUCAAGAUGUAUUAAGCGUGAAAAAGCUGACUGCUGAAUUGUGUAUACAGUGUGUUUCCAUUUGUGUACAAAAGGAUGUGUGUAUUUGUCUUUCAUUCAAUACUUCAAAAGUUGGUAGAAUAUGAAAUUCAAAGAUAUAUUUAUUUUAGCACAAAGGUUUUCAAAAUGUGUGGUGCUCAUUUGUAUAUGAGUAGAUUUUGAAAAAGUACAAGAGAAACUUAGUGGUGUUUUUUGUUGAGGACAAGAUGGGAGUCUAGGAAUUUAAACACUCGUGCACAUGUAUUAGCUUCACAACUGAAACUACUUUGUAAUAUUAAUAAAUUCAAUACUAUUCAGUGUUGUCACUGAGCCCGCUCCACAAUGUUGUUUGACAAAGUAAAAGGUAAAAGGGUUUCUAUGCUUAUUUCAUGCUUGUUAAUGAUAUGGUGAAUUGCAGCUAUGUGAUAUUAAACUUCAUAUUUCAUUUACCAAGACUCUUUUAUCAAACACUUUUUUUCAUUCACACCAUGUGUUCCAACUAUGAUAUAUGUUUCUAUUUCCCAUUUUUAAAGAUUAAAGAUGAAUUAUGAUUGGAGGUGAGUGAAAGUGAUGAUAUUCUGAACAGUUCAUUUUAUCUUAUAUCCAAAGGACUAGGGUAAAACACCUUAAUCAGAGAUUUCAAAUAUAUUGCAACAAGUGAACACCACUUUUUAUUUUUGCUAUGAGUAGCCUACAUUGCUAACGAAUCUGGAUUCUUUUUGAGUGAACCAUAGUUGGUCACACAUUCUUCAGCAUGAAUUCCAGAAGAUGCUAUGAAUCAAUUUACAUUUGCACAUGAAAACUGUUUGCAUUGUUUAUCUGGAUUUUGUUUCUGUCCCUGAAUCACAGACAAGAAGUAUACGUGACUGUUUUAAAAUGUCCAUUACUCCGCAAAGAGAGACAUAAGUACAAAGAUGGUUUUGCUUAUUUUGUCAUCUGGCAUGUAUGUUUCCUUU